GUCACAAAUCAAUCUUUUUCCUGCCCGCCGUCUCGUUCAGUUCUUUGAAUGUGUAGCGCCGCUUCUACGAAAUGGCUGGAUUUCUCUCAUGGCUGUGGAGGUAUAGGAAUUAUCUUGUGAUAGUCCUCGCACCUCUGCUCCUGCUGCCUCUGCCUCUUGUCAUACCCUCAUCGGAGGCAAAAUGUGGCUAUGUGAUCAUCCUGAUGGCGUUGUACUGGUGCACGGAAUGCAUCCCUCUGGCUGCCACGGCUCUGCUGCCCGUCAUUCUGUUCCCCAUGAUGAAGAUCAUGGAGUCGGAUGAGGUGUGUAUUCAGUACUUGAAAGACUCCAACAUGCUCUUCAUUGGUGGCUUGCUGGUGGCCAUCGCUGUGGAGCACUGGAACCUGCACAAGAGGAUCGCCCUCAAGGUUCUGAUUUUUGUUGGGGUCAAGCCUUCACUCCUGAUGAUCGGCUUCAUGGGCACCACAGCCUUCCUGUCCAUGUGGAUCAGUAACACAGCCUCCACGGCCAUGAUGCUGCCCAUCGCCAACGCCGUGCUGCAGCAGCUCAACGACUCCGAGGCCAACGCGGAAAAGAGAGCUUAUGCGCAGAGUACCAAGGACGGCCUGGAGAACCAGAGCUUUGAGAUGAGCGAGAGCAACGAACGCAAACCAAAUGGCAGCACCGUCAACAUGGAUGCCGUGGUCAAGGAUGAGACAGACAAUGAUAUAUCAAAAGUUGGAGUGUACAGCACAGAGUCAAUGGAGCAGAACAGAAUCAAGAGGGAGCAGAGGUACACGAAGCUGACCAAAGGCAUGAGUCUGAGCGUGUGUUACGCUGCAAGCAUCGGAGGGACCGCCACCCUCACUGGAACUACGCCCAAUGUCAUACUAAUGGGCCAGAUUGAUAAACUAUUUCCCGACAACGGCGGAGUGAUCAAUUUCGCCAGCUGGUUUGGCUUUGCAUUCCCCAACAUGAUUUUAAUGCUGGUAUUAACGUGGCUUUGGCUGCAGUUCGUGUUUCUGGGCUUUAAUUUCAGAAAGUCAUUUGGAUGUGGCGUAAAAAGCGCAGGUGAUAAGGAGGCCUACCAGGUAAUCAAAGAUGAGUACAAAAAGUUGGGCAAGAUGAGCUUCGCUGAGACCAGCGUGCUGGUUAUCUUCACGCUGCUGGUUCUUCUGUGGUUUACCAGGGAGCCUGGCUUCAUACCAGGCUGGGCCACGGUUCUCUUCAACCAAAACAAAAAGUACGUGACAGAUGGCACCGUGGCCAUAUUCAUGUCGGCACUGUUCUUCUGCAUUCCCUCCAAAUUUCCAAGACGGGGUCGCAUGUCAGAUGACGAAGCUGACGAAGCUCCAUCUCCACUGCUAACUUGGGACGUGGUCCAUCAGAAGAUGCCGUGGGACAUCCUCUUGCUCCUGGGAGGAGGCUUCGCCCUGGCCCAUGGCAGUGAGGUGUCUGGACUUUCCAAAUGGUUGGGGGAAAGUCUCAUACCGCUGCAGAGCAUUCCUCCUUUUGCCAUCUCCAUAGUGCUGUGUCUGAUGGUGGCCAUGUUCACGGAAUGUUCCAGCAACACCGCCACCACCACUCUGUUCCUACCAAUACUCGGCGCCAUGGCCAUCGCCAUUAAAAUCCAUCCACUGUAUGUGAUGUUCCCCUGCACCAUCGCUGCCUCCCUGGCGUUCAUGCUGCCUGUAGCCACGCCCCCCAACGCCAUCGCUUUCUCCUAUGGCAACCUUAAAGUCUUGGACAUGGCCAAGACUGGAUUCAUCCUGAAUUUCAUCGGCGUCAUCACCAUCAACAUUGGUAUUAACACUUGGGGCGUGGCCAUGUUCCAGCUCAACACAUUCCCCAGUUGGGCAAAUGUUACCAAAGCUCCUUGAAUAGGACUCAAUGAGAGAAAACAACUACAACAACAAUAAUAACAACAAACAUCAGCAAACACUUUUCUUAGAUGAUCAACUUCCGAUCAGUAGUUUAUUAAACACCAAAUGGUUGCAACUUUUUUUUUUCCUCUAGUGUUGUUCACUCAAAUGGGCUCGAUUCAACGGAAUAAAUUACGAUCUGCAGAGUUAGUCAUGCAGGUUACAACUUGAUGCUACUAAAGUCAUAAAUAAAAUGUAAGUAUUUCAUAUCUGAUGCAACCUUCAUGUCAUCAGACCCUGUGUCCUUUUCCCUUCCAUACUCGAUUUAAUCACCCGAAGAUCAACACUACACUGCAAAAAGUCAGUGUUAAAAAACAAGGGGAAAAAAAUACAAAAAUUAAGCCCUACUGAAAUGAGAUUUUCUUAUUUAAACCGGGAUAGCAGGUCCAUUCUAUGUGUCAUACUUGAUCAUUUCGCGAUGAUGCCAUAUUUUUACUGAAAGGAGUUAGUAGAGAACAUCGACGAUAAAGUUUGCAACUUUUGGUCGCUAAUAAAAAAGCCUAGCCUUUACCGGAAGUAGCAGACGAUGUGUGCGUGACGUCACGGGGUUGUAGGGCUCCUCACAUCCUCACAUUGUUUAUAAUCAUAGCCUCAAGCAGCAAGACCUAUUUGGACCGAGAAAGCGACGAUUUCCCCAUUAAGAUUCGUGGAUGAGGAAAGUUAGAGUGAAGCACACAAAAAAAAAGAAGAAAAAAAAAGAAAAAGCAACGGCUCCGGGCGCCGGCAGUGUGGGCGUAUAUAUAUAUAUACAUAUAUAUAUAUAUAUAUAUAUAUAUAUAUAUAUAUAUAUAUAUAUAUAUAUAUAAAAGCCCCCUCCUUUUGACCUUCCAAUUAGAAUGGUGAAAAAUACUACAGUAGUGAAAAAUAUGUGUAUUACGUUUGAAAGGGUUACUUGCAUUGUUAAUACUAUAUGUUAUGAUUGCAUUCGGGUUUAAAUCGGUUACAGUUAAUGUAAACUUUUCAACUAUUCAACAUUAUGAUUGUCAAAUACGCACAAUGGUAUGCUUUUGAACAAAUGUAAUAACGAUCUUCUGUUGGACAUGGGCAUUAAAAUUGUUUGAAGUCGCGUUAAAAAGCAUUGAAUUAGAUUUGCUGAUGUCUGCAGAAACGUGUGUGUGUGUGUGUGAUCAGCAUUAAACGGCAUUCAUCAGCAAUGUCCAUCACGUACUUUUUCAUGAAAAUUGGUCGAUAGUGAUCGGUCAGCACAUCCCUAAAGUAAGCAGGUGUACCUAAUAAAGUGUCUGCUCACUCUUACGACAUUGUUUCCAUAAUCAGUCCCCCCAGAAUUUCGCGGGCUUAUUUUUGUGAUUCCCAAUGCCUAAAAUAGCAAUUUUUUUUUUCAAAAAGUUUCUUCAAAAUUUGCAUUGUAAUGAGUCCUUUUUUUUUUUGUUAUCAAUUUGUAUUUGAUGUUUUAUCUGUGACAAAUGUGUUUGGGUUAAAACAUUUGUAAAUAUUUUUACACUCCAUUUUUUUUAAAGGCGAGUUUGCGAAAUGAAUGUGCCUUACAGGAUACCGUAGUAUUGUGUAAUGUUUUGCCUGAUUGGUUGUGCAUUAUUCAAGAUGGCUGAAGUGAUGUUAACUGUCCAUCCACAGCGAUAUUAUUUGUAUUAUCAUUGUUAUUAUUAUUAUUAGUAGUAGUAGUAUAAUUUUCAAAACAAAAUAUCAAAGGGAAAAAAGUGCGGGGAUUAGUUCCUGGAAAUGCAAUUGAAAUACAAACAAGCAUAAAAUUUUAGACAAUAAUAAUGUGUUUUAUGAAUAUUUUUGUUGGGCGGAAAGUGAAGUGUUAUUGCUUGGCGGCAUACUGAGGUUACAUGAGUAACGGUGAGUUUUCUAGGAUGUUCCGUGACGUACGAAGGCCCUUGACUGUAUGAAAUAAUGUGAAGUAAUUGUUACUUACCAAGUUGAUUGUAACAUGUUUUUGUGUUUUGUUCACUUUCCAAUAA